GAAAAGGGAGAAUAUUAUGAAUCGAUGUCCAAACAGAGAGAAAGUCCUUCUUAAUUUGAAAUGCGAUCUCAUAUGCUUCAAACAGUUGUGUUCAAAGCCCUUCUGGGUCUUCAAAUGUUUCAUCACCAACGUUGUCAGCAUCAAAAGUGAGUAUUAAAAAUGAAAAUGCUUCUGGUGAUUUACCCUUUAUUCGACGUUUGCUUGAUCAACAAAUAAAAUGUGGAAACAACCGUUUAAAAAAUGAAAGUUCUUAUUCUUCUCGGGACAUAAGUUUUCAAAUUGCCAAUCAAAAGCAAACAUAUCAUUCACCUUUGAUGAAAAUUCGUUCCUUAACUAACUCACCACUGUUCCGUCGACUGUCUUUCACACUCAACAAUAACAAACGCCAAUCUUUAUUGUCUCAAGAUGAAAAAAAUGAUUGGAUAAAGAAUCAUUCUGACUUUGAUGAACCAUGUGAGUUCGUAAGACGCAAACCAAAAAUACCUGAUGUAACCAUUACUAGAAAAUGUUAUUCAAAUGCUCAGAGUCCUUCUUGUACACCAUUUGAACAAAAUGUUGUCAACACAUGUAGAGGACCUUUAUUCCGACUUGCUGAAUUAACUACUGAAUCACAAAGGUUUUCAAUUCUAUCAGGCUUUGCACAACAACUAUGCAUUAUAUAUGAAUAUCAGCUCGGUAUGUUGAGAAACUUACCUUCAAUACAUGCUGCGGCGGAUUACGUGGCUGAUGUAGUAAUAAGAGCUAUCAAAUUAAAGAAGAUUUCAGGGAUAAAUCCUCAAAAUUUAACUCCAUUGAUUCUGUUUGACAGUGAAUGUCGACCAAGUACUUACAGUAAAACUGUAAAAACUCUUCCCUUAAGUGUUACUGGUGAACAAAUGUCGUGGAAGCUGGGUGAAAUAUGGACACUUCCUGGAUUAAGGCAUAACGAAGUUGGUGGUGAAAAUUGUCACAAUCUUAGUAUAGUGACACAUUUCCUUUCUACAGUUACUCCAAGUGGAGAUUACAGUAGGUCUGAUGUAUAUGGCUACAGAAAUUUGAUUUUACUGACUAAUGAGAAAAAUACUGAAACAAUAAAUAAUUCCAACUGUCAUAUUUAUGACACCAAUUUUCCAUCAGCGGCAGAAUCUUUUUCAUUAAAAUCUGAUAUUAGUCAUAAUGAUAAAAUGAAUUCAUAUUUUACUAUUUCUUCUUUUGAUUAUGCUACCAUAUCAAACAGUAAAAUUAAACCUGGAAAUAUUCCUGAUCCACCAUCAUCAGAUGAUUCACUUACUGAUGAAAAUCCUCAGAACACUAAAGGAAAUGAUGACACCAGGAGUUCAUCUCAAAGUAGUCCAGAAAAUAAAAUCAAAGAAUCAUCGAAACGAAUUCAUUCAUCAAGUAGUGUAGUGAUGUUACGGCAGCAUUUACAUCGUGCUUAUCGACCUGUAUUUUUUCUUAUUUACAAUCGUCCUAGUGUUAUUGAACAUUUAACAGAAUGUGAUUCAUUCGCAUCAUUUUGUAAACGUCAAGCUUUAAGUCCUGUAAUGUUUCUAAAUCAACCAACAACUCUUUUCGAUAAAAAACCAUAUCCAUGUAUUUAUCAAAAUUUUGAUUUAUUUAAAGUAUCUGUUGCAGGAUAUUUAUCGCCUAAUGAAUGUGAUAUUUCAACAAAUUCAACAUAUUUAAAUAAUAAUAACGAUACUACUACUAGUAGUAAUAAUAAUAAUAUUAUUAAUAAAAAUGAUACCUUAUCAUCACACGUCAUACAACAACAACAACAACAACAACAACAGCAAAUUAAAGAAGGAUAUAAUUAUAGUAAAAGUUUAAUGCAUUUUCCUUAUUUCCCUUCACAUCGAAGUGUAGCAGCGUAUGAUAAUCCUGGAUUUGCCCGGUAACCGGAUAAUAAAUAAAAUCUAAUAUAAAAUAAAUGUAUAAAAACAAAUUAAUGUAUGUAAUUAUUGGUUGCUUUGAGUUUUAUUUUAUAAAAUAACUAGCUCAUUCUUAUUAUUUUGUAUCAUAAUGAUUCUGUAUAAUACAAAGUAUAAUAAUAAAAAGGAAACCCUAAUAAAAAUAUUGUUAUUU